GUGAGGACCAUGGCGUUCCAGUGCAGAAUGUGACGGGGAUAACGGGGAAAUGUAACUCGGACAGCGGGUUAUUGUCACAUUAAUGCGAGGAACGGAUUGGAUUUAAUCAAGGAUAAAAUGGGCUCUCGUAUCAGGGAGAGCCCUGGGUCAACCUUUGAGGUGUACAUGGAAGUGGUGCAUUCUGGGACGGCUGGCUCUGGACCAGAGGUGCGAAGGAGUUUCCCUGAUACAUACACUGACCAGGAAACAGUACAGACUAUCCCAAAGUUUUGUUUCCCCUUCAGUGUGGACAGUAUGGCAGUGGCUCAGGUGGGGCAGAACUUCACGUUUGUUCUAACGGAUAUCGAGAGCAAACAGCGCUUUGGUUUCUGUAGGCUCUCAUCGGGAGCUCACAGCUGCCACUGUAUCCUCAGCUAUCUGCCCUGGUUUGAGGUCUUUUACAAGUUGCUGAAUAUCCUGGCAGACUACACAACCAAAGGACAGGACAGUCAGUGGAGAGAGUUAUUAGAGUCUCUACAUGGGUUGAACAUACCUGAUCCUGGAGUGCCUGUGCAUUUGAGUGUGCAUUUGUUUUUCACAGUGCCUGAUCCAAGAGAUUUACCCAGUAUACCUGAAAAUAGAAAUCUGACAGAGUAUUUUGUAGCAGUGGACGUGAAUAACAUGCUCCAUGUUUAUGCGAGCAUGCUGUACGAAAGACGAGUCCUCAUCAGUUGCAGCAAGCUCAGCACUUUAACUGCAUGCGUUCAUGGAGCGGCGGCUAUGUUGUAUCCCAUGUACUGGCAGCAUGUUUACAUUCCAGUGCUGCCACAGCACUUAAUAGACUACUGCUGUGCUCCAAUGCCGUACCUCAUCGGAGUGCAUACCAGUCUUAUGGAGAAGGUGCGAGGUAUGGCUUUAGAUGAUGUGGUACUUCUCAAUGUGGACACCAACACUCUUGAAACGCCGUUUGAUGACCUGCAAAGCCUUCCCAAUGAUGUAGUUUCGUCUUUAAAGAACCGUUUACGGAAAGUUUCCUCGACAACAGGGGACGGGGUGGCCAGAGCGUUUCUGAAAGCACAGGCGGCUCUGUUUGGCAGUUAUAGGGAUGCGCUACACAUUGAACCGGAGGAGCCAAUCACCUUCAGUGAGGAAGCCUUUAUCACACACAGAUCCAGCACAAUGAGACAGUUUCUACAGAACGCCAUCCAACUACAGUUCUUUAAACAGUUUAUAGAUGGACGUCUGGAGUUGUUGAAUGCUGGUGAAGGGUUCAGUGAUCAGUUUGAGGAGGAGAUCAAUAUGGGAGAAUAUGCAGGAAGUGAUAAGACAUAUCAGUGGCUAUUCACAGUGAAGAAAGGAAGCGGGGCUAUCUUAAACACGGUCAAGACAAAGGCAAAUCCUGCAAUGAAGAUUGUUUACAAAUUUGCUAAAGACCAUGCCAAGAUGGGCAUCAAAGAAGUGAAAAGUCGACUUAAACAAAAGGAGCUUGCUGAGAAUGGCUAUUCAGAAGAGCCUGGCUCCGCCCAUUUUCCCUCCACGCACAGCAGGGACUCCCUCACCUGGGACCAGAGACGGCCAAUCACUGUCCACUUUGGACAGACUGAGCGAGAGCCCCCCCCACGGCCCCCUCAGCCACAACGUCCCCCUCCCCUCCAUCCCUCAAAACUGCAGCGCAACACACGACCAGCCCGACCUCCUCGACCUCUUGUGGCGAAGAGACCACGCAGUAAUAUUGCCAUUGAGGGAAGCCCUGAACAUUACAUGCGUCCAACCCGUCACUAUACAGUGUUUCUGUGCGAGGACUCUUCGGGUGAUGAGCUGUCUCAAGACGACGACUCCAUCGCUGCUUUUCCUGAACACUUCCUGCUCUCUGCUCCUUUCGAAUGGCCCCAGCCAUACAGGUCUCUUAAAGAGGCUGAACUUGUGGAAGAAGGUGAAGAGGUUGGGGAGCGCUUCCAGGGUAACACGGCUCCGUCCAGCCCUGUGCUAGACAAAUUCUCUGACCUAAGCCUGUUGGAGGAUGGUUUCUGUAGUCAGAAGGGAGAGCCGGAGAGUACAGACACCACAAAUACAGCAAACUUCUCUCACAGCACACACACAUCACUCGGUUCGGCACGGAGUUUGGAGGAGCUUCGAACAGACCCACAACAUGCCAUUUUCAACUACCAGCAGAUGGAUCUUGGUUCUGCCGAGUUCACACGGACUCUGCCCGGUCUUAAAACCACCAAUCCAUACAGCAAGCUAUGGACCCAAAGGGAGGAUCCUUUCACGCUGAUUGGCCGCGAGUCCCCGUCCUGGGAGAGACCUCUCUCUGUGCCACCCCUUGAAACCCCAGAGCUUUGUCCAUCUAGCAGAGAGAGCUCAAUUCCCACAGAGAAGGUGGACGGGGCCUGUAUCACAAUUCCUCGCCCUCAGGGUCGGAAAACACCCGAACCGGGUGCGGUGUUGGCACCGGCUGUGACCCUGCUGCGUGCCAGUGAAAAUGAGGGAGUGACCGCCGGUGGGCAAGAGUUCCGACAGGCACUGAACAUGUCUCCACACUCACAAGUGCAGUCACAGGCGAACUUACUGAAGCCUAGCGAGCAAAACGAGGGUCAGGGACUCGAUUUGCUCAGCUUGUUGGACCCUCUGUGCGGAGCAACCGAAAAUGAGACCACCCCACCCACAUCUAACACAUCUAAACCUCCCUUACCUCCUCGUCCCCACCCCUCAACCUUGCCCUCAUUUCCACCUCAAGUGUCACUCAACCCCUUCAACCAACUACCCCAAUACCCACCUCAAAGGCACUAUAGUCCCAUUGUCCCAAGCAAUCCUUUUGUCCCAGCCUACAUGCCUCCCCAGGGUCCCACCUUUUUCUCCACCCCUCCCCGCCCCUUUUCAGUAUUUGGUCAGUCAUCUGCCAUGGGUGUGGCCCCAACGGGAGGAUCGUGGCCAAUGGGACAUGUCCCUCCGUCCUCCAGUAGUAGUGGCUCUCUUUCAAGCCUCUUAGAAUCGCCUGCGCCACCUACUCCCGCCCAACCUGCGCAAGUCCCCAUAGACACAUCCCAUGAUCCAUUCAGUGACCUUCUUACCAUAGCAACUACACCAACAGUUAUGGCCACGCCCCCCAAAAAGAAGGUGGAGGACUUGCGGAGGAGAUGGGAGACUUUUGACUAGUCUCGCCUAUGUUUUUCCUCAACUGCUGCUACCAACCAGUAAAGGACUGCAAAUGGGCAACAAAUUUAGUGCCAGUGGGUAUUUAAGAUUGCACCCCCUAGUGGCCUGAAAGUACUGUCGGACGUUUCUUCCCAGAGUGUUGUGCUUUUCUCACGCCUAGCUUACACUCUUGUUGGCCUAAUGCACACUGUUGCUAACAAUGCAUUUCCCAUCACAACUGAAUGAACCAUGUUGCACCAGUAGCACCAAGUUUAACCCUGAAAAUCCCAUAGUUAACAGAAUUACACUGUAUUUUAAUGUACAGAUAAGGAACAGACUUUAGAUACAGUACUACAGACACAGUACAAUAUUGGCCCACAUCCGAGAGACCAUUGCAAUUAGACUGACAUUGUCGCUGUAAUGGCAUUAACUGCCAAUCCACUUAACAAUCAGUACUGAUUUAAUUAGAAGCUUUGAUUGUUUUUAGCCCUACACACAUUUAUUCAGAUAAUCCUACUCUAGCUUUCAGUCUUGUGCAGACUUGUGGUUUAAUGCUAAAAUUAAGACUAUAAAGAUUGUUAAAUUGUCAUUACAUAACAUACUUGGCUACAAAUAUUGCUUUUCCCUGCUUAAUAGAUGGCAUACUGGACAUUGCACACUACUUGUUGAGCAUACUACAUUCUGCACUGCAAAGUACACAUUGCGUACUACAAAGUCUGACUGUAGUACCUGUUGCGUACUUAAUAGUUUGUACUACAUUACAUACCGCAUACUACAGUACAUUUUACAGUAUAUACUACUUGUUGCAUACAGCAUAGUGUGUGAUGUAUGCUAUGUUUGGAAUAGUGUGCUACCAUACUACUUUUAUUAUUUCUUUAGUAUAUUGAUAAGGCAGAAAUGGUAGUAGUAUGGCAGUAUGCUAAUCUGAAUUUAGCAAGAGCGAACAUGUCAGAGUUGAAAGAAAGUUUUAGGUUCAAUAAAAGUUAAGCUCAAUCAGCAGGAUUUUUGGCAUAAUUUUGAUUUCCACAAAAAUAUUGGAAUCAUCUCUUGUUUAAAAAAUUUUGUUACACUCUUACAAUGGCAAUUACAAUAGAAGUGAAUGGGGCCAGUCCAUAAACAUUAAAAUACACAUUGUUUCAAAAGUAUUGCCUCAAGACGUAAAUGUUAUCCAUGUUAACAUGAUUUGAGUGUGAUAAAAUUGCUUGCUAACCUUUAUCUGAUUAAAGUUAUGUCGAAUAUUACAACUUCGUUGUCAUAACGAUGUAACACCUGUAAACCCGAUAAUCUGGUAAAUGCAGCAUAUCCCUGAUUGUAUCACCCUAAAUUCAUGUUAACACAUAUAAUGUUCAUGUCUUGUGGCUAUACUUUUGAAAUAGUGAGUACUGUAAUGUAUUGUAACGUUUAUGGACUGGCUCCAAUGCCUUCCAUUGAAAGCACCUUACUGCAACUGCUAUUUAUGCCUUUAAAAAGAAAAAAGAUAAAGUUAUUUUUUUUGUGUUAAUCAACAUUAUGCCACAAAUGCUGUCGAUUGUGCUUAACUUAUAUUGAACCUGGAACAUUCCUUUAACAGCCCUUUUGAAUGCAACACUGCCCCCUAGUGGUCUGGAUGCACAUUUUAGUAGUCAAAAAUACCACACACAUUUGAUGCAUCUUAUCAAUGUGAUGCAUAAGCACUUGACUAAAUGAAAUCAUUACAAAAUGUGUCAUCAAGUUAGAUAAACUAGAGUGCAUUUGUUUUGUGUUUUUUUUUUUACAUUUUUUUUUUUAUAUAUAUAUAAACAUUUGGUGAAAGCCCACAUUGGUACAGGCUUUACCUCUGGUUCUGCUUACCUGUGUGUCGGCCUAAACGUAUUAAAGUGGUUCUUCAUGAUCAGGGUUCUGUUGCUUUGAUUAGAUGUUAAAGUUGUUAGUCUCCUUUUAUUCUGAGCAUCACAUUAGAGACUUAUAGCUUUCAUAAAGCGACUAAUCAUCCUCCAUUCUUCUUAGAACUAUCCAAUCAAUCAUCCAGUCAAUGAUCUGCUACUGCCAUGCACACUGCGUUAUGAGUAUUUAUUCUAAAAGAGCUGUUUUUGCGCUUUUAAAACAUGUAUGUGGCUAAACAGCAUGUUAAAAUUUAUCCUUACACUAGCAGCUGGUUUUCUUGUCAAAGACUGUGCCUGUUUCUUUUUUUAGUUCAGCACUAGACACAAUCUGUAUCAGAAGACCUUGUUUCAUGCCAUGUUUUUCUAUACUUUUGUCUGAGACUUUCAAUUAGAAGAACACUGUUUGUGUGAAUCUUGACAUGGAGGAAAAAAACAAAAUGAACUGUGUACAACCAAAUGCUCAAACCCAAAAGAAACUCAUUGGUUUUGUCCAUGUCAGGGAACAUCAGGGAUUGAAUUGGUGUCUCUUCUUCUCUGGUUUUAUCAGUGUAUUUAAAGAUAUGAAAUAAUGUUAUUUGUGUUAUUAAAGUGUUCUUCAACAUAUGCAUCUACCCUGUAGAGCUGUUAUAGACAUUCACAUUAUGUUCCAUUAGUUUAUCCAUUUAUUUCUCAUGUCAGAUUUGGCCUUAAAUAAGAGUUUGCAUGUGUGAGUAUGACAGCUGAGAGCUGUUUGUGGUGAAAUUUUUUUUUUUUCUUUCUCUGCAUUUCUGUUCUUUCAGUGUUUUGAUUUCAAGACACUUUGGUUAAUGUUUGUAUUUCAUGUCUUAAAAUGUUUUAAGAAAAUUUCUACAUUUAACAUGGGUUGCCAAGUUUGUACAGCAAACACUGCAACACAGUUUUUGAUAAAUCACACUGAAAUUUCAAAACGAGCUCAGUGGAAAUGGAAGCUAAUACAGAUUGGUGAAGUAUGUGACUUUAUGUAGUUUUGAGGUUAUGUAGAAUACACUGAGUGGUACUGCACUGGAUUGCCAUGAGCUUACUUGUAACACAAAACAUGCAGUUAUUUACAUCAAAUUACUCUUACAGCACUCCUUCCGAAGGAUGCUGAUAGAGUUUGGCCGUAAUUUAAAAUUCUUUAAGAAAUGCAUUCAAGCAAAGCUUAUCUUAAACUAGUUAUCAUAAACUAGUCCGAAACAAAGUUUGAAUUCUGACAUCCAUUGUUUUUAGUAAGCAAUGUGUGUACUGCUGCUGGGCAGCAGCACUUGCGGCUUCUGUUUGAUAGUCUAACUGACCAUAGAAAUGAUGGCAGAGAUAAUGGAAUGUCAAAUAUUGUCAUUUCUGGCUGUGAGCAGUGAACUUAUGUUGGAGCCAAAUAGGAAUUAUUUUAAUUAAAGGAUUGUGCAGUCCUUUAUGGCUGCUAGGAUCCGUAUAGUUUGCAUAAUAUAAUUUAGUUUACAAUGCCUUAAAUGGAAGGAAACUACAGGAAACAUCAGAAUGCUCCACCUCCCUUGAAGCAGUGAAAUUUGAAUUUAAUGGACAUAUUCAGUGUAAAUUAUAUGGUUAAAACUAAACAAAAGGCAAUCUUGCUUUUUUUCAUCGUCAGUAUUUUGCUAAGUAUUCCAAUUAUGCUUACAAAUGUUUUAAUGCAUGCAUCAGUUUCAGUAUUUUCUUUUCUUUUGAAGGAUAACCCAAACCUAAACUUAGCUUGGAAUGAGACAGUGGAGAGUGAAGGCUGUGAUGACUCAAAUUGAAUUAUCAAAACAUGAAUACAUUUCUGAUGUGUAUCAUAUCUAUUUCUCUUGGAGUGUUUCCUAAUGUGAACUCAUUCUGUUUUUAAAUCAUCCUGCACUUUUUUUUUUUUAUUAUAUGGAUGUUAUGGUUUUGUGUAUGUCAUAAUUAAAGAGAACAUUAUA